UCAAAAACCCAAAAUACCCUCCAAAUUCAGCGCCCUUCGACGCCGCCACCGAUCUUUUCUACAUUUUGAGAUCCAAACAUGGCGUUGAACAAUCAACCCAAAGGAACCGUAGCUGUUGGUACUACUCGGUGCCAUGGGAAACCGGAGUACGUGUCCGAGGGUGAAGAAGUAGUAGUAGUAGUAGUAGAAGUGGAAGAGUUGGAGAAGCUGGAGUCAGAAGCAACGGAAAUGGCGAAGAGGAUUCUUGAAUACAGAGUCACUCUUCCAGAUCAGCUGAGGGCUACCUUAUCUUCAAUGCUUUCAGCCCAGCGACUUAUUCUUCCUGAAACGGAUUCUGGGUUGAAUUUUGUACCUCGUGGAGAGUGUAAUCCAGGUUUAGGAGAACAGGUUAACUCCAGUAAACCAGCAUUAGUAACAGAAGGGGACCAAAAGAUUGCCGAGAAAGUUCGUUUUUUGAAAGAUAAAAUUUCCAGCAAUAUCUCGGCCAUGCCUAUUGUAUUAAAGAGGAUGAAAGAAUGCACGUCUAAGAUUGAGAACUUAGAUUCUUAUGAUGGAAUCAUACCUUCAGCUUUUAAAAAGAAAAAGACUAGCUGACCAAGCUUGAUUCAUGUGUGCUGACUUCUAUAUAUUCAGUGUUAGUUUGAAGAGGAAUGACAAGGGUGUGUUCCUAUAUGAUUGACUGAUGCAAAUUUUUGUACUAUGGAUCCACGCAUCUGCAUGUGAAAGCGCGAAAGGAAACUAUUCUGACCAAAUAUGUCUCACCAAAACCUGGACUUGGGAGCUUUUGCUGAUCUCUAAUUAUUCAAAAUUGAUAUGUAUUUAAUGUGUCAUUGAUAAUACGAAUGUUCUUGUACCAUUGAUUAUGAUGGAAGAAAAAAGAUGAUGCAUAGAAUGUACUCAUUUUGUUUUUCUC